AUGGGAGAACAAAUUGAUCAAUUACAAAAAUUAAAAAAUAAACUAGAAAAAGAUAAGCAAACAAUGAAAUCAGAAUUAGACGAUCUUCGUGUACAAAUUGAUUAUAUACAAAAAGGUAAAGUCACUGCUGAAAAACUCUCCAAACAACUUGAACAACAAUUAAAUGACAUUCAUAUUAAACUUGAUGAACAUGUUAAACAAAUUACGGAUUUAAAUCAUCAAAAAUCAAAAUUAUCUAGUGAAAAUUCUGAUUUAGUUCGACAACUUGAAGAAGUUGAACAGCAAAUAAGUAUUUUAACAAAAGCUAAAGCAACAGUACAACAACAACUUGAUGAAGCUAAAAGAAUAAUUGAUGAAGAACUACGUGGUAAAGGUUCAGUUAGUUCACAAAUACGUCAUUUAACUGCCGAUCUUGAACAAGCUCGAGAACAACUUGAAGAAGAACAAGAAAUGAAAAGUGAACUUCAACGACAAAUAACAAAACUUAAUAUUGAAAUACAACAAUGGAAAGCUCGUUAUGAAUCUGAAGGUACUACUCGUAGUGAAGAAUUGGAAGAAGCAAAACGAAAAUUAGCUAUAAAACUAUCUGAAGCUGAAGAACAAGUAGAAGCAGCAUUAAAUAAAUGUAAUGCUUUAGAAAAAGUUAAAGUUCGUCUUCAAGGUGAAGUUGAAGAUCUUAUGAUUGAUGUCGAACGUGCUAAUACAAAUGCUUCGACAAUGGAUAAAAAACAAAAACAAUUUGAUAAAUUAAUAAAUGAAUGGAAACAAAAAUGUGAAGACAUGACUAUUGAACUUGAAGCAUCACAAAAAGAAGUACGUCAAUAUUCAACUGAAUUAUUUAAACUUAAAAGUCAAUAUGAAGAAUCACAUGAACAAAUUGAAGCACUUAGAAAAGAAAAUAAGAAUUUAGCUGAUGAAAUUAAAGAUCUUAUGAAUCAAUCAGGUGAAGGUGGAAAGAAUAUUCAUGAAAUUGAUAAAGCUCGUAAACGUGCUGAAUUAGAAAAAGAAGAAUUACAAGUUGCUUUAGAAGAAGCUGAAUCUGCAUUAGAACAAGAAGAAGCUAAAGUUCUUCGUGCACAAAUGGAACUAAGUACAGUACGUCAAGAAAUUGAUCGACGAAUUCAUGAAAAAGAAGAUGAAUUUGAAAAUACAAGACGUAAUCAUGCACGUACCAUUGAAUCAAUGCAAGCAAGCGUAGAAGCUGAAUCACGAUCAAAAGCUGAAGCACUUAAACAAAAAAAAAAACUUGAAUUAGACAUAAAUGAACUUGAAGUUACACUUGAUCAUGCUAAUCGUACAAAUGUUGAUUCACAAAAAACAUUAAAAAGACUUCAACAAAAUCUUUCAGAUUUACAAAUACAAAUUGAAUAUGAACGACAACAACGUGAUGAAGCUCGUGAAGUAGCUGCUAAUGCUGAACGUCGUUCUAAUCUUAUUUCAAGUGAAAUUGAGGAAUUACGUACUGCUUUAGAACAAGCUGAACAUGCUCGUAAAGCCGCUGAACAUGAAUUACAUGAUAUUGUUGAUCGUAUUAGUGAUUUAAGUACACAAAAUGCUAAUUUAUCAUCACAAAAGCGACAACUUGAAUCAACAACUUCGGCUAUGCAAUCAGAUUUAGAUGAAGCUAUUAGUGAACUAAAGAAUAGUGAAGAACGAGCAAAGAAAGCUAGUGCUGAUACUGCACGUCUUAUCGAAGAAUUACGUCAAGAACAAGAACAUGCAGUUAAUGUUGAACGAUUACGUAAAGGUCUUGAACAGCAAGUUAAGGAUCUUCAAGUACGUCUUGAUGAAGCUGAAGGACAUUCACUUAAAGAUGGAAAACGUGUUUUGGCUAAACUUGAACAACGUAUACAUGAAUUAGAGAAUGAAAAUGAAUUAGAACAACAUCGUCAUCAAGAAACAAUUAAAGAAUUACGUAAAAAUGAUCGUCGUUUGAAAGAAUUAGUAUGUCAAGCAGAAGAAGAUAGAAAAAAUCAAUUACAUUUAAAAGGUCUCGGUGAAAAAUUACAAAAUAAAAUUAAAGUUUACAAACGUCAAGUUGAAGAAGCUGAAGAAAUCGCUGCAAUCAAUUUAGCUAAAUUUCGUAAAGUUCAGUCUGAACUUGAAGAUGCAACUGAACGAGCUGAUUUAGCUGAAAAUCAACUUAAUAAAUUACGUGCCAAAAAUCGUUCAUCGGUUAGUACUAGUGGUACUUCCCUAGCAAAUGAUUUACGUGAAUCAAGUUCUAACCAACGGGGAAAUUCAAAAGUUCGUGCUGUUUCAGUUCAUCAACGUUAA